GGCAUCCACGUCAGAAUUCCAAGCUUGAUUGGUUGAGUUGGUGUGUGUGACUUUGUCACCUAAGACGAGUCGUCCGUCUGUCGGUUCAGGCACCGCGUACUCGAAUCCCAAACAAAUCUCAAUCAUACAGUGAUCUUGUUGAGCGAUGUCGGAAUUCCAUCGCUGCUUUGCCAAUUGGUAGCUUCCUGCAAAUGGGCACUGCCGAGGAGACUGUACAACACCUGCAAUUCGAUGUUGAAGACACUAUCUUUGUUGCAGUGGGAACCGACGCCGACGACGCCAAAGCUACUCUCCUUUGGGCUGUCCAGAACUUUGCCGGCAAGAGUUUUUGUCUGCUUCACGUUCAUCAGCUUACCCCUCGAGCUAGUUCUCCUAAAAAUGAAGAUCCAUCUUCCAAUACACUAAAAGAACAUGUAGCGAAGGCAUUUGAAGAACUCGAAAGGCAAAAGUCUUUUGAACUUCUUAAUCAAUAUGUUCUCAUUCUUGCCAAACUGGGGGUACGAGCGGAGAAGAUAUUGAUUGAGACGAACAGUGUCGAGAGGGGGAUUCUUGAAAUUAUUGCUCAGUACAGUGUUAAAUGGCUAGUCAUGGGUUUAGAUGCAGAAAGAUACAAUCUGAAGAUGUCCACAGGGUUAAAGUCCAAGAAAGCCUUCUUUGUAUCCCAACAGGCACCAUUAUGCUGCCAUAUAUGGUUUGUCUGCAGAGGGCGCCUUGUAUACUCAAGGGAGGGCGGACCGGGAAGAUUCAAUAAGUUGCAGCUUCCGAACACGGAAAUAGGAAUCAACCAUACAAACCAUCUGAGACCAGAAUCUGUGACUUGUAAAUUGAAUCUUCUAGAUGCUCAAGAACAGGAGAACGCAUUUGAUAGCAUAAGCAGGUUUAUAUAUGAAGGUCCGGUGGAUCCAAUGUUUGAAAACCUGGGUACUUCAAGGACGACGCUAUUGUUAAAGAACGAGGUGAAUGGUUUGCAAGAAGCAGCAUCGAUGAACGUUACGCCCAUAAAAGAAUUUGAGGAAGAAGCUGUGGGUGCUGAAUUCAAGGCUAAAUCAUUAGAAAGCUCGUGUGUGGAGGAGGUGAAGAGAAGAAAGGAGAUGGAAGAAAUUUUAGCGAGUUCGAAAAAGGAAGUGGAAAGGAUGAACAAAGAGCAUGAUAAGCUCUUGAAAGAACUGCACCGUGUCCACGAGCAGAAAUCGUUACUUGAGAGAAAAGCGUCGGAGAGCCGGUGUGAUGUGGAGGAGUUGGAGAAGAAGAUGUUUGCAGCGGUUGACCUCUUAGUGAGCUUCAAGGAGAAACGAGAUAAGUUGCAGAUCGAGCAGGAAGAUGCAACGAACGAGCUCCGAAAGCUGAAGAAAAUGGUUGAAAGGGAACCAUCGUGUAAUCGCCGUGCAGAAAUGCCUACAUUCUCCUUCAUGGAGAUAAUUGAAGCAACGAGAAACUUUGACCCUUCCUGGAAGAUUGGCGAGGGAAGACAUGGCAGUGUUUAUAAAGGCGUUCUUCGCCACAUGGAUGUCGCUCUAAAAAUGUUUCCUUCGUAUGGUUCUCAUUCCCAAUCAACGUUCCAAUACGAGGUUGAGCUGUUGAGCAGGGUUAGGCAUCCCAACCUGGUUUCAAUUAUUGGAGCAUGUCCAGAAUCCAGGUUAAUAGUGUAUGAGAAUAUGAAAAACAGCAGCUUAGAAGACCACCUUGCCUGCAAAAAUCGACCACUUCCAUGGCAGAUACGGAUUCGUGUUGCUGCUGAUAUCUGCUUGGCCCUUAUAUUUCUGCAUUACAGCGAGCCCUGCAUUGUCCAUGGAGAUAUAAAGCCAAGCAAAAUCCUACUUGAUGCCAACUUUAUAGCCAAACUAAGUGGCCUGGGCAUCUCUCGUUUGAUCCCGCAAGAACAAAAGGCCUUCGAUUCGGCCUCGGUAUAUAGUCUGUCGAAAGAAAAUAAUUCAUAUAUAGAUCCAGAAUAUCUUGAAACUGGAAGGUUAACUCCAGAAUCAGAUGUCUAUUCUCUUGGUGUUACUUUGCUGCGAAUUUUAACUGGCAGAGCACCUCCAAGUAUUGUAAAUGAUGUAAAAUGUGCUCUAGAAAAUGACCAGAUUGGUGCCAUUUUGGACUCAUCAGCUGGAGACUGGCCACAUGAUCUAGCAGAACAGUUGGCUCUUGUGGCACUGCGGUGCUGCGAGAAGGAAAAGUCGAAUCGGCCUGACCUCGUCUCGGAGUUAUGGAGCGUUUUGGAGCCAAUGAGAUCCAUUGCCUCAGCCUCAUGUCCAAAUUUGAAGAAACACUCUCGCGUGCCUGCCCAUUUUGCUUGUCCUAUAUUUCAGGAAAUUAUGAAAGAUCCACUCAUUGCUGCUGAUGGGUUCACAUAUGAAGCUGAUGCAAUAAGAGGAUGGUUCGAAAGUGGGCACAACACUUCUCCGAUGACAAAUCUUAAAGUUGAGCACUGUAAUCUUGUGCCAAAUUAUGCUCUUUUGAAUGCAAUUCAAGAGUGGCAGCAUCAGCUAUGACAACUUUGGUUACGUUUCCUUGCUCCUUCGCCUACCAGAAAAGGCUACAAACUGGUAAGGUUCGGUACAAAAGCUGUCCCAUAAUUACAGUUCAUAUAGAUUGUUUAUGUACCUAUAUGUAUAGUAAUAGCCUUUGAUGAACCCAACAUUGUUAUUUUCUUAAAUAAAGCAUAGUCUGAUGGGAUAAUAAUGGGUUUGUAUGGAACA